CGCCUCCACGCCAGACUGGACGCGAAGGAAACCGGAACCUGUCUGCCGAGGGUGCCCGUUUCCGGAAGCAGCUUGAGUCUGGACGCCAACGUCGGCGACGCUGGGAAGCAGACUUCCGGCGCCGUAUUUUCUCCGCUGGUUCCUGCGGCGAGCCAGCUGCAGCGGCGGCGGCGAUGAGACAGAAGCACUACCUUGAGGCUGCAGCGCGGGGACUGCACGACAGCUGCCCGGGCCAAGCCCGCUACCUCCUCUGGGCCUACACUUCGUCGCACGAUGAUAAGAGCACUUUUGAAGAAACGUGUCCAUACUGUUUCCAGUUGUUGGUUCUGGAUAACUCUCGAGUGCGUCUCAAACCCAAAGCCAAGUUGACACCCAAAAUACAGAAACUUCUUAAUCGAGAAGCGAGAAACUAUACACUCAGUUUUAAAGAAGCAAAAAUUGUGAAAAAGUUCAAAGACUCCAAAAGUGUAUUGUUGAUCACUUGUAAAACAUGCAACAGAACAGUGAAACAUCAUGGUAAAAGUAGAAGCUUUCUGUCAGCAUCGAAGAGCAAUCCUGCCACUCCUACAAGUAAACUCAGCCUGAAGACACCAGAGAGAAGGACUGCAAACCCAAACCAUGACAUGUCUGGUUCCAAAGGCAAGAGCCCAGCCUCGAUUUUCAGAACACCUACAUCUGGACAGUCAGUAUCUACUUGCUCCUCAAAGAAUACGAGCAAAACAAAGAAACACUUCUCUCAACUAAAAAUGUUACUUAGUCAGAAUGAAUCCCAAAAGAUUCCAAAGGCGGACUUCAGAAAUUUCUUAUCUUCUCUGAAGGGUGGACUUUGAAAAUAAGAAAUGCCUGAUGUCAAUUCUGAAAACAACUUUUUAAACUUUUAUUUAUUUUUUGAAUACAUGGAAACUAGAUCUGAAUGCAAACUUUUCUUGGCAUCCUUCAGUGUUUAUGGGGAAAAUACCUCAUUAGUAUGAAUACGUGAAACCUGCCUACCUCAUAGGACGACUGUGAGGAUCAAAAAAUAUAUGAAAGUUCCUUGUAGAUACAUAAUCUAUAGAUAUAUAUGUGUAUGUAUAUAAAGAUAUAUAUAUACAUUGA